AUGGGUGAAAACGAUAUUGCGGACUUCACACUUGACGAGAACACCUUCGGAAAGAAUGAGGAAAACGAUCGUGGACUGGCAGUACAAAACAUUGAUGCACUUGACCUCGACUCCAUCACUGUGGAGACAUUUGAGGUGAUGUCGCGGCAGGCCACUGUUAACAUUGGCACUAUUGGCCACGUGGCCCAUGGAAAGUCUACCGUUGUGAAGGCACUCAGUGGUGUGAAGACGCAGAAGUAUCACCGUGAGGCGGUGAUGAAUAUCACUAUCCAUCUUGGUUACGCCAACGCGAAGGUGUUCAAGUGUGAUGUGUGUGAGUUGCCAGCCGCCUACCACGCCUUUCCAUCAUCGCAGCCAGACAAAACAGACUGCCCAACCUGCGGUACCCCAUUGAAGUUAAAGCGACACUUUUCCUUUGUUGAUUGCCCCGGUCACGACGUGCUGAUGGCAACCAUGCUGAAUGGUGCCGCUAUUAUGGAUGCCGCCCUACUGCUCAUUGCCGCAAAUGAAAGAUUCCCACAACCUCAGACACUUGAGCAUCUUAAGGCAGUUGAAAUUAUGAAGUUACGUAAUCUUAUCAUUCUUCAGAAUAAGAUUGAUCUUGUUGGUGAGGUCCAUGCACAGGAUCAGUACCACGAAAUUCGUCGCUAUAUUGACAGUACUAUUGGUAUUAAUGCUCCUAUUAUUCCUAUUUCCGCACAAUUAAAGCGGAAUGUGGAUUACCUGCUGGAGUAUUUGUGCCAUAUGCCUCUUCCUACACGCCAGUUAAAGUGCCCUGCUCGUAUGACUGUGGUACGUUCAUUCGAUAUCAACAAGCCUGGUGAGGUAGAUAUUGAAAACCUCCGUGGUGGUGUGGCGGGUGGUACGGUAACUCAGGGUAUUAUUCGUGUAAAUCAAGUGGUGGAGAUUCGUCCUGGACAAGUCCAUACACAAAGCGGUGGCACCUUCAGCUGUACACCACUCCGCACACGCGCUUUAACACUAAAGGCGGAGGAUAACUCUCUUCAGUACGCUAUUCCCGGCGGUCUCAUUGCGGUUGGUACCACACUGGACCCCACACUCACCCGACAAGAUAAGAUGGUGGGUCACAUGAUUGGAGAUGAGGGAUCCCUGCCGCAGGUGUAUGCGGAGAUUGAGGUGCAGUACAGUCUAUUCGCAGAGAUGGUGGUGCGCAGUAAACAACGUGAUCGCAAUGCCAAGCGUGUGCAGAAGCUUAAUCUGCAAGAGACGCUUCAAAUCAACGUGGGUACCCUCACAGCAGGAGCCACUGUAGUGAAUAUCACAAAGGACCCGGAUAUUGCCAAGCUGACACUAGUGACUCCUGUCUGCUGCACAAUGGGUGAACAGGUGGCCAUUUCACGCCUCGUAGAGAAAAACUUCCGUCUGAUUGGUUGGGGCACCAUCCGCCGAGGAGUACCAGUGAAACUGAAUUGA